CAGGGAGGGCCCAGGCACCAGAACACAGGCUGUGAACUUUUAGCUAGGUAGUUGCCUCUGACCUAGUCUUGGGAUGGAAAAGGACCAAAUUAGAAGGCCAGGUGAGGGCUUGGCUCUGCUAUGUGACUCAGGAACCUUCCAAGGUAUCUCAGCUGCAAGCAACAGCUGAAGCCCCCAGCACUGCAAUUCUGAGGCCUGGGAGUUGGGCUGGCCCCAGAAGAGGACUAGUGAGCUGCUAGCUGGGCACCCGGCUUUGCCACGUGCUUUCCACACAUACAUUGGCGCACAGUCCACAGAGCAGUCCUGUCAAAUGCACGCCAUCCUCCAGACCCACUCUUCAGAUAAGGAAACUGAAGCCGAGUGAUGAAAUGCUUUCCCAGGGUCAAUAGCUGGACAGCCAAGGAAUUUGACUAGAUCCAGAACCGGCCGAGCCCGCUCUAUCAAUUGAGACCAGAGACCAACCACUUUCACAGAGGACUAGCCCACUGGCCCUGGACACAGCCACACUUACAGGCUUCUGUCUUCUCUGCCCCUGCAGGCAGUCAAGUACUGAGGCUUACACAGCCUGACUGGCCUGGCCUCAGGAACCCGCUUAGCCCUCCAUGCACACAGCUCCUGACCUCCUCCAAGACCUCGGGUCCUUUUGACCUGAGCCCUGCAGGUGGGAGGUGAUUUCAGAGAAGUGUCCCACCUGCCCACAGGAAGAGAAGAAAGCCAAGUGAUGGCAGCUGCAAGCCAUGGCACUGAGCUUGGACUGAAUUGGUGGAGCAGUUUCUUUGAAAACUGAGCGUCAGCCCGAUGUGGUGGCUCAUACCUGUAAUCUCAGUACUCAGGAGGCUAAGGAGUGGCAGAAAAGGCAGAAAAGCCCUCUGUGGAGGGCUGGUAUAGAUCACCCUUUGGAAGAGGCUGUGCUGAGCCGUGAAAUCUUCACUUCCUCUGUUCACUGCAAGUUCCCAACCACAAGUGCCAAAGGCAGAGAAGCAGGCAGCACGAGACCUGACCCCAGCAGCCACAGCCGGAGCACCAGCCAAGCCAUGUACCUUGAGGUUAGAGAACGCCAAGUGCUAGAUGCCUCGGACUUUGCCUUUCUUCUGGAAAACAGCACCUCUCCCUACGAUUAUGGGGAAAAUGAGAGCGACUUCUCGGACUCCCCGCCCUGCCCACAGGACUUCAGCCUGAACUUUGACAGAACCUUCCUGCCAGUCCUCUACAGCCUCCUCUUUUUGCUGGGGCUGCUAGGCAAUGGGGCGGUGGCUGCUGUGCUACUGAGCCAGCGCACUGCCCUGAGCAGCACCGACACCUUCCUGCUCCACCUGGCCGUGGCCGAUGUGCUGCUGGUAUUAACCCUCCCACUGUGGGCAGUGGAUGCUGCUGUCCAGUGGGUUUUCGGCUCUGGCCUCUGCAAAGUGGCAGGUGCCCUGUUCAACAUCAACUUCUAUGCAGGGGCCUUCCUGCUGGCCUGUAUAAGCUUCGACCGCUAUCUGAGCAUCGUGCAUGCCACCCAGAUCUACCGCAGGGACCCCCGGGUACGUGUAGCCCUCACCUGCAUAGUUGUAUGGGGUCUCUGUCUGCUCUUUGCCCUCCCAGAUUUCAUCUUCUUGUCAGCCAGCCACGAUCAGCGCCUCAAUGCCAACCAUUGCCAGUAUAACUUCCCACAGGUGGGUCGCAAUGCUCUGCGUGUACUGCAGCUUGUGGCUGGUUUCCUGCUGCCCCUUCUAGUCAUGGCCUACUGCUAUGCCCAUAUCCUGGCUGUGCUGCUGGUCUCCAGAGGCCAGAGGCGUUUUCGAGCUAUGAGGCUAGUGGUGGUGGUGGUGGCGGCCUUUGCUGUCUGCUGGACCCCCUAUCACCUGGUGGUGCUAGUGGAUAUCCUCAUGGACCUGGGAGUGUUGGCCCGCAACUGUGGUCGAGAAAGCCACGUGGAUGUGGCCAAGUCAGUCACCUCAGGCAUGGGCUACAUGCACUGCUGCCUCAACCCACUGCUCUAUGCCUUUGUGGGAGUGAAGUUCAGAGAACAAAUGUGGAUGUUGUUCCUGCGCCUGGGCCGCUCUGACCAGAGAGGGCCCCAGCGGCAGCCUUCAUCUUCUCGGAGAGAAUCAUCCUGGUCGGAGACUACCGAGGCCUCCUACUUGGGCUUAUAAUUCUGGAAUGGAACUGUAACCUGCCCAACCCAAGUCCUAAUACACUCCAGGUUCUUCUCCUCCUUGUAGUUGGGCUAGCUCGAACUUACAAUUUUGCUGCCAGGACACGCGGACAGCUCAGCAUCUAACCAGGUCUCCUGGGGACUAUACUCUCAGCUCCAAGGACAGCACCUUACUGUACCUUAGCCGCCACGCCCUAUCUUGCUGUUUUAGAACUAGCUGCCUGGAGCCCCACCACCCUUCUAAAUCAGCCAUCCCUGUGCAAGAAGAGGAAGAGGCGAAGAGCAUAGAGAGCCAGGCCUUUCUCAGCACUCAAUGUGCCUAUGGUCUCCAGCAUCUCAGUAUUUGCCCGAUUUUUAUGUCUAGAAACCCUGCUUAAACUUUCAAUAAACAAGGUAAUGAGGACCACA